AUGACUGCACAAUUCAAAGGGUAUGCCGUGGAAUCAGCUUCCACCUGGGAUAGACCCAAGGUUCUUGAAAUAGAGCCACCACCGUUCGGUCCCUUCGAUGUCGACGUCAAGAUCCGCUACUGCGGCGUUUGUGGCAGCGACCUUUUGACUGUCCAGGCAAACGAGGGUAACGACAAUUGGCCCGGAACUGCGUAUCCCAUCGUUGUCGGCCACGAGAUCGUUGGCGAAGCGGUACGAGUGGGUGAGAAGGUAUCCAAAAUCCGACCGGGGCAGAUCGUUGGUGUCGGAGUCCUCUCCUCCACGUGUGGCACAUGUCGAUUAUGCAAUUCAGACCGUGAAAACUAUUGUUCCAGCCUGGUGGAGACGUACAACUCCAAAUACUCGGACGGUUCCAUCUCGCACGGUGGGUAUGCAAAUUACAAACGUAUCCACGAAGACUUUGUCUUUGUUAUUCCCGAAGGUCUCGAAUUGACCACGGCGGCGCCUCUCCUCUGCGCCGGUCUUACGGUGUAUGCUCCCUUGGAACAGGCCAAAGUCGGUCCAGCCCAUCGAGUCGGCGUCAUUGGGAUCGGUGGCCUCGGUCACUUUGCCAUUUUAUUUGCUCAGGCCAUGGGUGCUACGGUGACAGCGAUCUCGCAUAGCGAGAACAAGCGAGCAGAUUGCGAGAAGAUGGGUGUCUCCAAAUUCAUCAAUACCAGCGUGUCUGAGACGUGGGUCCAAGACAACGCAAAGAACCUGGACAUUCUGAUAUCCACGACGUUUGCCGAUGACUUUGCUCUGGAGAGCUACCUCGAGUUGCUGGAUGUCGGUGGUAGGCUCGUAAUAUUGGGCUUGAGCGAGUCGAAACUGCCGAGGAUCCCGGCGGGUCUAUUGAUCGGCUCGAAUCUCACCAUAGUCGGUUCGAUGAUUGGGAGUAAGACACAGAUGGAGAGAAUGCUGGCGCUGGCUGCCAAAAUCGAUAUGAGGGCGUGGGUCGAGGUCAUGCCCAUGAGGGACUGCGGAAAGGCUCUGGAAAAGGUGGCCUCGGGAAAAGCACGAUAUCGUUGCGUCCUGGAGGCGGAUCUGUGA